GGAUUUUUUACAUGCUUGUAAUACUUUCUUCUAUUCGAUCUAUGGCUGCCACACUCAACUAGGAGAGCGCACGGAGUGGAGUUUUAUUAGGGUUUAUGGGAAUAGGAAAUAUCUUUGUGUAGGUAGAUUAACAUCAUGGGGGUAGGUGACGACGUUGCACCGCGCUUUACACAGAAACCGUCGUUGAAACAAGAGGACAAUGGACAACGACUCGUCUUUCAGUGUACCCUUGAGGCCUCCCCGAAACCAGAUAUUCAGUGGUUUCAAGGUACAAACGCUAUAUCAGGAUCUAAUCGUAUUAAAAUGCGGGUUGAUCCAGCCGGUGGAGGCCAAACAUAUAAUGUUAUCAUGGAAAUUGUAAAUGUGACUCAAAACGAUGCUGGAACAUAUAAAGUAGUUGCUAAGAACAGGCUAGGAGAAGUUUCUGCUUCCAUAAACCUAAAUUUUAGCGCUGGUCAACAAAAACAACAAAAUGGUGUGGCACCAAAUUUUAUUACAAAACCAAUGACCAGACAAGAAAACAAUGGCAAGAAAUUAUUUUUUGAAUGUCAACUAGCAGCAGAUCCCGCCCCUAAUAUUACAUGGUUUAGAGAUGCCACACCUAUAACAGCAGGAGGACGAUUCAAGAUCAAAGCUGACUGUAAGGAACCAAAAAAAUAUUUCUUAAGUUUAGAAAUUAAUGAUGUUAACGCACAAGAUGCUGGAAAUUAUAAGGUUACAGCUAAAAAUGAUCUUGGUGAAAGCAAUGCAACAAUCAGACUUAACUUUGACAAUCAGGAAUUUGAGACUGAAUUAGAACAAGGUGGGGAUGAAGGUCAGGAUGCUAAAAAACCCAUAUUGCCUGAAGGCAAGGCCCCCCAUUUCACAUCGAAACCUGUGAUCAAACAAGAAAAAACACAGUUGUUAAUGACCUGUAGCCUGGAAGCUAAACCCACUCCGCAGAUCCGAUGGUACCAUGAGGACAAGGAGAUUGGUGCUGGUGGACGUAUUGCCAUCACUCUUGACAGAAGUGCCAGUGGACCUGAUACAUAUAACGCAGUUCUUAAAAUCAAGGAUCCAAAAGGUGAAGAUGGUGGUUCAUAUAAAUGCACCGCUGCCAAUGAUUUUGGUGAAUCUAAUGCUAACAUCACACUUAACUUUUCUGGUGGUGACAAACCUAAAGGAGACGGAGAAGCUCCACAGUUCACUGAAAAACCCAAAGUUAUCCAAGAUCCCAGUGGCAAGAAACUAUCCAUUGAAUGUGUGUGUAAGGCCAAACCAAAACCUGAUCUAGAAUGGUUUAAAGGAACUAGUUCAUUGAAAUUAGGUGGAAGAAUAUCAUCAACUGUCACAGAAAAAAAUGGAACUUACGUCAUCAUAUUAGAAAUUCAGAAUUUCACAGCAGAAGAUGGUGGACAGUAUAAAGUAACAGCUAAGAAUGCAAGUGGUGAAAGCAGUGCUAAUAUCUCUCUUAACUUGGGAAAACCAAAAGUAGAAGCCCCCAAAUUGGAAGGUCCACCUAACAUCCGUCUGGAAGAAGAUGGUAAGGUCAUAAUGAUUGAUCAAGCCAUUAAAUCACCAACUAAGCCUGAUAUUAAAUGGAUGUUUGGUAACGCACCAGUUCCUGCUACAGGCCGCUUCAAGACUGAUGUCAAAGAAGAAGGUGGUCUCUUCUAUUCUUCACUUAAAAUUGGUAAUUAUAAUGAUAAAGAUUCUGGUACAUAUAAAAUGGUGGCUAAAACAGCUGGUGGUGAAGCUUCCUGUACAGCAGCUGUCAAUGUAUCGGCAUUAAAACCAAAAGGCGAUGCUCCCGUAUUUACUGACAAACUCAUGCCAAAGAAUGCCAAUACGGGUGAAGCUGUAGAAUUUGUUGCCAAGGUUAAGGGAACAGAACCUAUUGAAGUCAAAUGGUUGAAGGACAAGAAACCGCUUGCAAAUUCUGCUUCAUUCAAACAAAGUUAUGAAAAGGGUACUUGUCGUCUGAACAUUCCAAAAGUGGGUGCAGGUGAUGGUGGUGAAUAUACCGUGGAGGUUAAAAAUAAAUUUGGAACUGGCAUGUCUAUGGCUAGCCUGCAAGUCAAAGAUGAUAAUAAAGAUAAACAAAAGAAGGAAGAAGAGGAAAAGAAGAAGAAAGCCGAAGCUGACAAGAAGAAGAAAGAGGAAGAAGAUAAAAAGAAAGCUGAGGAGGAAAAGAAGAAGGUGGAAGCCCAGAAAAAAGAAGGUAAUGGUUCGUUAGUAUGCAUCUUUUAGGUUGUGUUUUUUGUGUAAAGUAGACAUCUGCUGUUUGAAAGUCUGAUCUUAAUAUACAGCACUCCUGUUCUAAGGGCAAGUUUUUGGACUUUCUAGAGAUGUAA